AUGGUGGAAAUAGACAAUAUUAUCGCAAACCUGCCCCUAAUGACACGAAUUUAUAUAAUGUCAUGUACAGCACUCAUGAUAUUGUGUUCCCUGGAUAUAAUCAGCCCUUUAAGCCUAUACAUGAGUUGGAAACUCGUUUUCAAAGGUGAAAUAUGGCGAUUAGUGACCUGUUUUUUGUAUUUUGGUCCAUUUGGUGUAAAUUUCUUCUGGAAUAUAUACGUAUUAAUCCAUUACUGUAGCUCAUUGGAGAGAGUGUCAAUGAAUAACAAACCUGCUGACUUUCUCUGGAUGUUAAUAUGCUCUGCAAUAAUGGUUUUGUUUUUCUCUAUAUUCUUUGGUUCUAGCUUAUUUUUUAGCGGUUGUAUGAUCAACGUUAUGACGUACGUUUGGGGGCGCAAAAACCCCUACGCUCAGAUGGCCAUCCUUUUCUUCACUGUUCCUGCGCCAUAUCUCCCAUGGAUCCUAACGGCUAUGAGCUAUUUUGUCGACUUCCAGCUUGGAGAGAACCUCCUUGGGAUUUUCGUGGGCCAUGUAUAUUAUUUUUUCAAGGACGUAUAUCCAAGCAUGCCCACCUCUUGCGGGUUAUCUAUAUUUGAUACACCUUCUUGUGUCAAAAACUUUAUGGGUCAGACAUAG